GAGAGGGAAUGUAGGGGUGUUUGAAAUUAGAGAAAUCAGUAUUGAUACAACUGGGGUGUAAGCUGCCCAAACAAAAUGUGAGAUGCUCCAAUUUACAUUUCGCUUCACUCUGACAAUGGAGGAGGCCUAGGACAAAAUGUUCUGUGUGGGAAUGGGAGGGGGAAUGAAAGUGUUUGGCAACCGGGAGAUCAGGUAGAUCCAGGCGGACUGAGCGAAACAAAUCAUCCACUCUGCGUUUGGUCUCGCCGGUGUACAAGAGUCCACAUCAUGAACAGCAGAUACCGUAGAUGAGGUUGGAGGAGGUGCAAGUGAACCUGAAAGGACUGUCGGGGUCCCUGGACAGAGUCGAGGGGGGAGGUACAGGGACGGGUGUUGCAUCUCCUGCGGUUGCAGGGGAGGGUACCUGGGGAGGUGGUGGUUUGGGUGGGAAGAGACAAGUUAACCAGGGAGUUACGGGGGGAACGGUCUCUGCUGAAGGCGGGAAGGGGUGGAUGCCACAAUCAGUUACUGAAACAUACUGGGUAUCAGUUGCACAGUUUGUUUUCUCUCCUGCUCUUUGAAAACUGUCCCUUCAUGUCACCUCCGUGUGAAUGAACAUUUGCUUUCACUGCUCCUUGCAGCACUCAUGGGACUCUUUCAAGCUCAUUUUGAAUUUAAGAUUCUAAUGUUCACAAAUUCUCAGUAAACAUCAAUGUGUUAGGAAAUUUUGAGAGUAAAACAUUUCAGACAGUCGUAACUUCUAAGGCGCCUCGGAACAAAUAUAGUUUCAUUUCAUAAUUACCUAUGAAGUGAAAGAGUGUGUGGCAGGAGAAAGCAAUGAGCAGUGAUAGAGGAGAAUGGAGGGGUUAAGUGUGAAGUAUAUAGAGGUGACCUGGCUGACUAGGAGGGUGUGAAGUGCUGGGGAGAAUAGCUGCUGCUGCUGCUGCUGCUGUGUGUUGCAGUAACACCACCAAGCCACUGUGACUCAGGAAGGAAAUUGCACUAGCAGCAUCCUCUGCUUUCUCAGCAUUGAUUGCACCACGGCAGGAGCUGUUUGAAGGUUAGACAGAUGAAUGAAGAAGGCAAGCCACAGAGGUUAUCUUCAGUUGCAGAGCCAGCCUGUGCUGGAGGACUGGGGCCUGGAGCCAUCACACUGUGCUGAAGGAGAGAAACGUGAGCUUGCUGCAACACUGCGGUGCUGCUGCAGAUAACACUGCCAUCCGAGGUAAACAGGAGGCUGCAAGAGGCAGAGGGGGAGCGAGAAAACACACUGCAGGGCAGGCACUGCCCUUACAGACAACACCAAGACACACACUGCCGGGGAGAGGAGAGGAGAGGAGAGGAGGCUGUGUACAUUGUGAAGCUGGAUGUGCCUGAUCAGCACCAAGUGCAGGUAAUGUGAUUGAAACAUCCCUGCUCCCUGCUCCGUGCCUCCCUUCAGCAGCAGAGCUCUUCAUUCAGCAGCGUCUGGAGCAUGUUUGUUCUACGUGCCUCAUGUUGCAGCGUUUGCUGCCAUUAGGAGGUGGAGAGGAAGAGCAGUCAGACUUUGGUGUUGUCAGGCUGUCACGGAGAGCACCUGCCUCCACAGAGUCUUUGCACGGAUGCAGGAGCGUGGGGUUGCUGACUACUGCUGCUGACUACACUGCAGCCUUGCUUGUGUGAAUGGGAGGUGCGUGCGUGGUGCUGGUGCACAGAGACAAGGCGGCACGGUGCAGACAUGGAUCGAGGGUGUGAGUGCAACCGCAGCCUGUGAACCCGGCCCCCUGUACCGCCGUGUGGACCCCCGCGGGCCCAUGGCGUGUCUGAAACAGCAGCAGGCCGCCAUCAAGAUGGAGGCGGUGAAGAUCGUGCCAGCGGACAAGUUAGUGGAGUGUUCGGGGUCACAGUCCCGCUACGGGCCGUCAGGGUGUACACGGGACCCUCCGCCCGUGGGCAAGUGUGCCUGGCCUCUACAAUCAGAGAUCAUCACCAACCAGGCAUGUACCGACAUGCCGGGCCUGGACAAAGGCCGUAGCCCCAACCGGUUAGCCAGGACUCCGCCCCGCACCGACAAGUGUAGCCACGGACACCGCAAGGCCAGCGCCGAGAUGUGCUUCCACCGGCAGGCCCCGGCCGACGAGGUGAUUGUCAACCAGUACGUGCUCCACCAGUCGGCUGUGUCUGAGCCUCUGGAAUGUCCCACCUGUGGCCAUGUGUACAAUGCCACCAACAAGAGGCCACGCAUCCUCUCCUGCCUGCACUCUGUGUGUGAGGAAUGCCUGCAGAUCCUGUACGAGUCCUGCCCCAAGUACAAGUUCAUCUCCUGCCCUACCUGCCGCCGCGAGACCGUCCUCUUCACUGACUAUGGCCUGGCCGCUCUGGCCGUCAACACCAGCAUCCUAGCCCGUCUGCCCACCGUGGCCCUGACGGCCAACCCAGGCCAGUGGGGUGGCGAGGCUGACCGUAGCUGCUACCAGACCUUCCAGCAGUACUGCGGCGCUGUCUGCAGCUGCCACCUACGUAACCCUCUGGCCUCCUGCACCAUCAUGUAGGAGCGGAGACACAGGGGAGGCCACAAGGUCACUACUACAACCAGGAGAAGCAUUACGCCAAAACCAAACAAUUUGCUGUGUUUUUGCAGCACCCUUUACGGUAAAUUACCUGUAACUGAAUUAUCUCAUCUGGGAGUUUCUGUGUUUUCUGUGAAAUCAAAGGUAUCCAAUUGAGACUGGCAAGUUUGAUGCUGUCCUUGAGUGGGGCACUGGUAACUCUACCUACCUGCACAAACCUGACUUUGACUUUGGGACUGCUCUCUCCACUCACUAUUAUACAAUGCCUAAAACCAUCGCCAGUGCAGCGACUUACCCUGAGGGCCGCUACUGUUCAGUAUUUAAUAUGUUCUAGGUCCACGCUUCAGUGUCAGGGUCACUCCAGCCCAGGCUCAGGCCUUUAGCAGGAUGCCAAAUCUGCAAGGACAUCUUUUUUAACCUAAAUUUUAGAUCUUGGUCUUUAGAUGGAGAGCAAAGGGUUGACUUACCUCUAACUGCGAGCAUCCUGGCAUAAGCCACAGACUUGUGGCUAGCUUUGCUGACGUCACAAGCAGGUUGUUAGCUUGCUUGCAGUUACAGCCCCGAGUAGCACCGUGAGAGAGAGCACACCCAGCUCUCUGCAGCUCUGGUGAUGCCCAGCACAAGAGGGUUAACAAUGACUUGUUUCCCCAUCAUCCUCCGUCAGAGUAACCAGAUAAUGUAUUGUGAUUAUUUUAACCUCAACCCCCACCCCAGGCCCGUGGCCCUGACUCCACACAGACUGGCACAUCUGGGCCACACCAUGAUGGACAAGGUCCUUGUCUUCAUCAUUGAGUAUUGUGUAUGGAGCGCCUCCAAAGGUAACGGUGCUGGAGUCACCAUAACAGUGCUAGCAACAUAAAGAAUGUUUCUUUAUUGAUUGUAUUCUGUGAAUAAACUCUAUAUCAGACCUUACACUUGUAUUUGUGCUACU